AUGGAACUAAACAAGCGAAGCCAGCUGUCGAUACUAGUGUUAAUAAAUUUACUUAUAAUAAUCAAUUGUGAAAUAAUUUCAAAUGGAAGUGAGGAGUUUAAGCAACUUGAAAUGAUGAUGGGAGGUGGGAUUAUAAUUGAUGAACCAAGUGAGGAUUUGGGUCAACCCAAAGAGGAGAAUAUUACCAAUAUAUUAGGUAAUGGAACUGAAGUAUAUGAUGAAGAUAUUACCACAGCCAAUCCCCUGGAGAUGCUGUCCACUUACAAGGAUGUGGAGUAUAUUAUGAGUAACCAGCCUGAAACUACAAUAAAGAGUUUAGAUGAAGCUGAAAAUACUACACAAGCAGAGGAAUUGUUCCAUCAUGAGAACCUUGGACAGAGGAAUCCUAAAACCGAAGCUGAAAUCCAGCAGAGCUUCGAUUUACGGACAUAUGAGAAGACAAAACCAGUGCCAUACAUGAACCGCAGUACUACCCUCAAAUCCUGGCUUGAAGAUUCCUGGUUGAGGCCUCCAGCGGGCAUUUUAGUGCCGCUUAGACCCUUGGCACUGAAUAGAGCUUUGGGCGUUUGGAACGAUUUAGCCAAUGAAGGAUUGAAUUUGACAGACAUCGUGAUAGUUGGUUAUGACUCUAAUGGUGUUAAUUGGAGAUCCAGGCACAAUCUCCAAACUUCCAGUGGAAGCAAUGGAGAGAGGGCUGUUGGGGAUGCUCUGUCUAAGCUGUUACUGAAUUACCAGGACGUAUACACUGAUAGUUCAAACGAUGGUACCAUGAGGGCAUUGGCUUCAGCUGCGAAGCUUGUGCCAUACGACAGCGCUCUCUUCCUGGUGACUGACAAAGGAGCUGGUGAUCCACAGAGACUUCCGUUAGCAUUGAGGGCUUUAGUUGAGAAAAGAUUGAAGGUAUACACUAUAUGGACAGAUCCUAAUCAUCCAUCGGUCGAAUCGGAGCUGGCUCUCCAGGACUUGAGGAACAUCUCCUCACACACGGAGGGCGAAGUACUGGCAUAUUCAUUGCAAGUUAUGGAUGAAGACCACUCCAAUCUGGCAUCAGAAGUUGAACUCCAACCAUGGGAGCCAGUUUCAUCAAAUCAAGCAAGACGAGCUAGGAUAAAUAACCAUCCGUAUAUGGAAAACUUUGAUACCCUGUUGGUUAGACGUGGAAGAGCAGAAGCCCUUACAUUGGGUAUACCAGUUGAAACAGGAGUAACAGUACUACGUCUUCUGCUGGAAGGAGCGAUUGAUCACGCAGUAUUAUACCCACCCAAUGAUGCAAAAAUGCCUUUAAGCAAAUGUUCUGGUUGUACGCACGAUUUAAAAGAGGAUGACGCAAUGCAUUGCUCGCGAUGUUUUGAUAAGUAUCAUUACGGUUGCCUCAAUAUAUCGACUACUAAAUUUGAUACUUUCUCUAGCGAAUUCAAGGCAAUGUGGAUAUGUCCGUCGUGCCGUUGUAAGGAACCUAAGAGAGACAACACUAACACACCGAUCCGUUCUACUCCCACUCUCAGUAGUGCUCAGGUAUAUGAAAACGUUACUCUACGCACUAAGUCGAAGUCCUCCACUAACUGCUCAUGUAUUUCCGCCGACAGUAUUCGUGAAAUUAUACGGGAUGAAUUACGCUCUGCUCUCAAUAGUCAAUUAUUGGAAAUCAAAAACCAAAUUUCUGUUUUUGAUCAAUCAUUAAGCUUUCUAAGUAAUGAAUAUGAUACAAUAAAAAAGGACAUGGAUACACAGAAAAAAUACUUAGCGGAUCUACACAAAGAAAAUGAAAUGCUUCGCACUUCUACUCGCGAUAUAUCACUACGUCUUCGACAAAUAGACCAGCAAUCCCGUGCCUGUCCUCAAAUUGACCUGUACAAUGAGACGUCUGUAAAGAUGUAUUCAUCAGUAUCAACAAUCGAAAGUAUUUCGCCUCAGGAAGUCUAUAUCGUGGUGCCAGGAACAAAAUUGAAUGUAGACAUGUUGUCAGUAUUGCCGGUAAUGCCGGCGGGUGAGGACGUAGCUAUGACCGGCAUGUGGCACCUCAGUGUUAGGUGCGCCACUUGCGAUUACCGAUUAACAGUCAGCGCUAGAUCACACAUACAUUUCGAUGUUGAAAUUAAUAGUGAAGAUUCAUUGAACAUCAAAAUAACUGGUAACGUAGCCAGUGUGAGGGACUCGUCUAUUGUCGACGAAUAUGGAGCAACUAUCGAAAAAUUGGCGUUCAGCUAUCAACCAUCAACAGAGGCUUUUGAAAAUCAAAUGGCAGACAUCUUAACCAGCGUCCCGAUCACAAAUGUAUCGGGUAACAGAGCCUAUGUCAAAAUAGCGGGAAGAGAUUUCAAAGGUGAAACUUUCGCAAGACUCGCUGGACCUAUACACGGUGAAUCUGAAGUUAGAAUGGGAAGAUCGGCGGCCAUCGUCUUUCCCGAAAGCAUCAAUGAUUUAGAAGUAGCUGAGGAAAUGAACUCAAAGACGUAUAACGAGAAUAUACAGAAUGAGAGCGAUGUGCUGUUUCAGUCUGAGGUACAAUUACGACGUAAUCCCGCUAUGACAACUGUUCAAAUCGGUCUGAGUUCAAGACUUUAUGGUUCACCGGAAAGUAGAUUACAGCUUCAUUUCGAAGUCACUAAUUUGAGGGACACUUCGGUUUUCUAUCGUUUCGGUGCUGUUGGUGAAUUGAGGUUUCUGACCGGUAUCAAUCCAGAAUCUCAAACAGUGGCUGCUGGUCAAACCGUCAACGUCAUAGUAAGCUUAUUGAUAGCUAGCAACGCCCAGGCUGGAGCAAGAGACCUCAUCAAAUUCACCGCUUAUGGUCAAUCGGAACAAGUAUCCCUAUCCUCGUACGUGUAUGUGGUCAGCAGUGGAGACAGCAUUAGGGAUCUCACUCCCCCCGAAGUCAGGCAUAACUUCCAAGGCACAUGCUUGGGAAAACAGGGCAGCGACUGCGCUGAGCACGUCUGGUCUACAUCUGUGAUAGCUAGAGACGCCGUAGGAGGUCUUCUUCGUUUAACAUCGUUGCCAGCUGGUCUAUCAUACGACCCGAGCUUCAUAUCAGGUUCAAGAGAUGAGAUUAUUGCCACGUACAGAGCUAACUGCUGCGCGCCAAGAGUUAUCGUAAACGCAGUUGACGCUUUUGGGAACACCAAUACUUAUACCAUUGAUAUAUCAAAUUACAUUAACGAAGCCACCAUAGCCGCUAUCGUUCUUGGAGUGUUAUUAUUAUUAAUUUUAAUAUUUCUAAUUAUAUUACUAACAUACUGCUGUGUGAAAAGAAGGAAAGAAUCAAGGGAACUACCGACUUACUCAACAUCAAGAUCGUCAAGAAACAUUACUUGA